AUUUCGGAAUGGUAGACGUUUUCGAUUGUUGAACAUGGAAAAAACGAAGAAAUGGACCAAAUGAAUAAUUAUGGAAUCUGCCCAGAACACUUCACUUAACGGCGAACGUUUAAGCAAAGAGUUCAACGAUUUACAAGAAAAAGAAAAAGAAAUAGAACAACAGCUGGAUGCCGAGAUAAACGAGAUAAAGAAUUUGAAAAAACGCUUACUCGAUUUACCUAAAAUACAUGAAAAUUUUUGUAUCCUUGAUUCAGACACUAAACAACUGUACACAGUGUUGGAUACUUCUACGAAACUUUCGGAGAAAAUUAAUUUACAAAUACAGCAGUUGGAUAUAGCCAGGUUGAGAGUAUCGGAAUGUCAAAAGCGAGUUCAAGAUUUAUUAGAUCUUCAAUUAUGCAGCGAAGGCGUACAGAAUGCAUUGAAAAACGAAAAUUACGAACAAGCGGCUGUUCACGUUCAUCGAUUCUUGGCUAUGGAUCAACAGCUGUUGAAACAAACUGCAGAUGAUAUGGCGCAAGACUGCGCCGCUGUUUCACAGUCCAUGAAAUUAUUACGAAAUGCUGCAGCCAUGUUGCAGAAUAAAAUAUCUCUUCAUUUCAAAGAAGCUAUCACCGUGAGCGAUAUCGAAUCUGUCAAAAGAUUCUUCAAGCUUUUUCCGUUGAUAAACAUGCACGAAUAUGGGUUGGAGAAUUUUGGUAUAUUUUUAAGGAAAAUGAUCAAAAACACCGUCAGUGAAAAACUAAACGAUAUAAAAAGUAGCAAUACCAAAGAUAAAAAAAAUAAUAUGAUUUUUGCCGACGCGAUUACGUUUCUUUUCGAAGAAAUGGCUCAAUUAAUUGUCGAACAUCAGCCCCUAGUGGAAACCUAUUACGGUCUGGAUGGCUUAGUCGACAUUAUGAACACUCUACAGAAAGAGUGUGACUUAUUGAGUGAUAAAAUAGUCGCCGAGUUCAAAUCCCAACGUGAUAUGAAUGUUAAAUUACACACAAUUCAUGAGAUAUCACGUUCGAGCUCAUCGAAAACCGAAUACAUCGAUCCUAAAGAUAUAGACAUGCUGUUGAAUGAGAUCACUUUGAUUCACGCUCGUUUCGGAUUAUAUUUAAAAUUCAUUCAUUCCUUAAUUACCAAACAUAUCGGGCCCGAGAAUGAAAAAUUUGAAAAAAUCAUCUACGAUUUGAAAAACGCCAAUACUAAUAACAACAUAACGAAACAAAUGCAGAUUUUAAUCGGCGAUUACCUACUUUUGGAGAGGUAUUAUAUGGAGCAAAGUAUCAAGAAAGCUAUAACGAUGGAUACUUGCGAUAACGACGCUUUAAUUUCCACCAUGGUUGAUGAUAUAUUUUUCAUCGUCAAGAAAUGUAUUAGACGAGGCUACAGCAGUGGCAAUAUUGAUGCUGUAUGUGCAAUUAUUAAUAAUACCUGUGCAAUGUUGGAAACGGACGUUUGUAACACAUUACGUCAGCAGUUAAGACAAGGGUAUUCGGUGGGUUAUUUGGAUCUUACACAAGCCUAUAACAUGAUACAAGGACGUCUUCAGCAAAUGGAUACAGAACAGAACAAAUUAUUAUUCUUGGCUUAUUUGAAUAAUUGCGACGUAUGCUGCGAAUAUACCAACAUGUUGUUAACUACGUUGACCGAUGAAUUGCAAUGUUCUACCAAAAACGAAAAAGAAAAACUGGAAAGUUGUCUAUCAGGAUUCGCAUCAGUUUCUAGUACAUUUUCUACGGUGAAAGAUUACGGAUUACAGCAGAUUAAAAGCUCUGUCGUUAAACCUAGAGUUGCUCCUUGGGUUGAUAAUUUUCUCGCUGUCAGUCAUCAGCUGAGUUUUGAAGAAUUUUCCAGUUACGAAGCAAACGAGCCGUUUAUUAGAAGUCUUAUAAUGAAUUUAGAAAUACUACUGAGUGAAUUCAAACCACGUCUGACGCCUUCUAAUUACGAUUCGUUCAUUUUAAUAAUCGCUGACGAAGUAAUGUCUCAAUUAGAAAAGGAUAUUUUGAAAACUGAUUUUAAUAGAAUGGGUGGAUUGGUUUUGGAUAAAGAAAUUAGAACACUAGUUACUUAUUUGAGUAAUGCUACAUCGUGGUCGAUCCGAGAUAAAUUCUCUCGCCUGACACAAAUAGCGGUGGUUCUAAAUUUGGAAAAGGUAACCGAAAUACAAGAAUAUUGGGGAACCGAGAACUGUUCAUUCACGUGGAGACUUACACCUAAAGAGAUCAGACAGUUUUUACUAUUAAGGAAAGAUUUUCGAGCUGAAGAUAUUAAAAGACUGAAAUUGAUGUAAUACAUUGUUGCAUUUUAUUUUGUCUCAUUUCGUUGUUGUAAUUUGUUAAAUUUUAUUUAUUUAUUUAUUUUUCGCAAGAUGAAUAAUUUUGAAUAAAUGUUUUUUCAAAAUGAAA